UGACGUUUGUAAUGGUGGGACAGAAACAGUUAUUAGGAAAGUGAGCAAAUAAAGAAACAUUAAACAAUUGUGACAUUAUAACUAUGGUAUGGAGAACAAGGACUGGAAAACAUUUCGCAAUUUUAUUCUCGGCUUCUAAAUCAGCUCCAAUAUAGCUACAAGAUUCGUAUGGUAAAAUCUUGUUCGAAUUGUGAAAGUUUCUGUAGGGCAUCUUUAAACAUCCUUGGCGUCAUCAACUGUUUACGUGACGACAAAGAUGGCGACCUACAGGUCCCGCUAGACGGGUUCGAGGAAGAGCUGACAGCUGACACCGACGCCUUGGUAUAGUCUAACAAAGAGGCCAUUGACAUCAACAGCCACUCGGGUCUAUUUAAAGCCAGCUACAACCAAUAAGACUUCAUUUACAAUGAAAAUAUUGGUCCUUAUGCUUCUCCUGGGAGCAACAUAUGCAUUCGAUAACUCAAGUGCUAAUUCCACGACCGAUGAUGAAUGGAGUCCUUACCUGUAUUUGCCAUAUCAAAUAAAAGAACCACCAAAAGCGCCUAAAGCGCCAAAAACAAUUAAAGAUUAUCGCAGGGUCUUUGGAAAAGCCAUCACAGUUAUUUUAAUACUUUGGGCCAUUUACAAAAGAGCAACAAAACACUAUUAUGCAACUGAAAAAGCAUUAGCCAAGCAGCAAAAAGAAGGCAAACAAACAAAGGAAAUCAAACGGUUGAACGAGAAACUAGCAAAAACGACAGAGAAACUCAGAGCAAGAGAUAGAGUGAUACUAAAUUUGGCUGAAUGUCUUAAAAAAAUAGUUAUAACAAGAACCAGUGCUGAAGAUUUGGUAACUGAAAAUGAGGAACUUCGACAGAAAUAUGAGGAACUUGUAAAGGAAGAGGAAAAUCUUCAAAAACAAAUCAAAGAACAAGAGAAAACGAUCUCUCUGUUGAUUGCAAUGUUACGUGAAAAAAACAAAAAAGCCGCAGAUUCCAACACCACAGAAGUAGGUAGAAAAUAUGCAGACAUGGCCUCACUCUGGGAUACUGGCAUCAAGAAUCCAGGAGACCAGAUGAAAGGCAACGACUUAAACCACCAACCCAUUGGCAUCAGUCCUGAGGGAAGUGGUAAAGAUGCUCUGGAAUUUGAUUGAAAAUAUUGGACACUUCUGUGGUUGCUAGUCUGGCAAUGGUUGUAGUUUCUUCAGGUUUAAAUGAAUUAACGUUUCAAAUAUUUAUCAUUGGCGUUUUGUUUGUUAAUUUUUAGUGGUAUUUUAAUUUAAGUGAUAUUUAAUUUACUCUAGUCUUACUUAUAUAAGUAUUCAGAAUGUAAGUAUAAGAGAAAUAAUUAAUUAGAUUUACAUCAUGAAAUGUUUUAGUUAAGUACAUAUUUACGUUCAGUUUUAAUGAUAGUAAUUACAUCAUGUGCGAUGUAUUAUGACUACAUUAAAAAAGCAAUAACGAUUUUGUAAAUGUAUUGUGCUGGUUGUGU